AUGACCUCCAAAACAGUGUGUCAUGUGGGUUCCCGGACAAUCAAGACCGGUCACCUUUCACCUUGGAUUUUACCUAAUUCUCCCUAUGAAAACCUCCUAACACUGCCUGACCUGCACCGUGCGCCGCACGGAGUUUUCUCGGUGACCGAAGCGCUGCGGGGGCCCCUAGCCAAUGAGAACCUCAAUCCCUGGCGGCCAGAACCGGGUUUGCCGGGGGCCGUCAUAGUAUUUUUUAUCAACAGGAGGACAUCAAAGGCCAGACCAGGUACGUACGGUACGGUACCUAGCGACUUGAGCUCCAGCGCUGCUCAUACCUAAAACAAUUUCUUCCCGUCGUCUACUUGUUCUUCCCGUGUCCCUCCCAACUGCCUACAUACUUACUUACCUAUCCACGUUGUCCAUCCAUCAAUUCCUCUCUCCUCAGUCUUCACGGGGAACCCUUUGUUGACUUACUCCGCCAUUCUUUCGUGCCGUGAUCAAGCUCGUCGAGGGAUGCUUCCCAUUCGUAUCCUCUAGUUCCUUUUACCUCCCCAUACCUGUUCUGUUUCUCCACAUACACAAACACAAACGCUCGUCAUGUUGAGGAAUUCGCUCUGUAGAGCUAGCUCGCAGCUCCUCCGCGGUGCUCGAUGCUCUGCUGCCUCGUCUACCGCCUCUAUCUCGACUCUCUCGGCCCGUACAUCAUCAUGGAAGCUCGCCGCCUCCCGCCGUUCUCUGGCCGUUGCUGCUCGUCGCAACUAUGCGACCAGCGCAACUUCUGCGCCUCCCGAUCCUAACGAUAACUUCCUCUCUGGAAGCACCGCUAGCUACAUCGAUGAGAUGUACAUGCAGUGGAGGCAAGAUCCUGAGAGUGUCCAUGUCUCGUGGCAGAUUUACUUCAAGAACAUGGAGAGCGGCGAGAUGCCCAUCUCUCAAGCCUUCCAGCCUCCUCCUAACCUGGUCCCAAACAUGACCGGUGGCGUCCCUCGCCUUGCUGGCAACCUGGCCAUGGAGGAUGGCUCCGAUGUCACCAACCAUCUCAAGGUUCAGCUUCUUGUCCGUGCUUACCAGUCUCGCGGUCAUCAUACCGCCAAGAUUGAUCCCCUCGGUAUCCGAGGUACCAACGACGCCAAGGGCUUCUCCAACAUCAAGCCCAAGGAAUUGACUCUCGAGCACUAUGGUUUCACAGAGAAGGACAUGGACACCGAGUAUACCCUCGGCCCUGGUAUCCUGCCUCGCUUCAAGCGUGAUGGCCGUGAGAAGAUGACUCUCCGUGAGAUUAUCGAUGCUUGCGAGAGAAUCUACUGUGGUUCUUUCGGUGUUGAGUUUAUUCAUAUCCCUGACCGUGACAAGUGCGACUGGCUCCGUGAACGUCUUGAGGUUCCUACUCCUUUUAAGUACUCUGUCGAUGAGAAGCGCCGUGUUCUUGACCGACUUAUCUGGAGUUCCAGCUUCGAGUCUUUCCUGGCCACCAAGUACCCCAACGACAAGCGAUUCGGUCUCGAAGGCUGCGAGACGCUUGUCCCUGGUAUGAAGGCUCUCAUUGACCGCAGUGUCGACUAUGGUGUCAAGGACAUUGUCAUCGGUAUGCCUCACCGUGGUCGUCUCAAUGUUCUCUCCAACGUCGUUCGAAAACCCAACGAGUCUAUUUUCAGCGAGUUCGCUGGUACAAACGGUGCCGAGGAUGAGGGAUCUGGUGACGUCAAGUACCAUCUUGGUAUGAACUUUGAACGUCCCACUCCCUCCGGCAAGCGUGUUCAGCUUUCUCUGGUCGCCAACCCUUCGCAUCUCGAGGCUGAGGAUCCCGUCGUCUUGGGCAAGACCCGCGCUAUUCAGCACUACAACAACGACGAGAAGACUCACCGCACCGCCAUGAGUGUUCUCCUUCACGGUGAUGCCGCCUUUGCUGCCCAGGGUAUCGUCUACGAGUGUCUCGGCUUCCACUCUCUCCCCGCCUUUUCUACCGGUGGUACCAUUCACCUCGUCGUCAACAACCAGAUUGGUUUCACCACUGAUCCUCGAUUCGCCCGAUCUACCGCUUACUGUACCGAUAUUGCCAAGGCCAUCGACGCGCCUGUUUUCCACGUUAACGCUGAUGAUGUCGAGGCUGUCAACUUUGUCUGUCAGCUUGCUGCCGAUUGGCGCGCCGAGUUCCAACACGAUGUUGUCAUCGACCUCAACUGCUACCGAAAGUACGGUCACAACGAGACCGACCAGCCUUCAUUCACCCAACCGCUCAUGUACAAGCGCAUCACUGAGAAGGAGCCUCAAAUCGACAUCUAUGUCAACAAGCUCAUCGAGGAGGGCUCUUUCUCCAAGGCGGAUGUCGAUGAGCACAAGCAGUGGGUCUGGGGCAUGCUCGAGGAGAGCUUCACCAAGUCCAAGGACUACACUCCUACCUCCAAGGAGUGGACCACCUCUGCUUGGAACGGCUUCAAGUCUCCAAAGGAGCUGGCCACCGAAGUUUUGGCUACUAACGAGACAAGUGUCAAGAGUACUACUCUCGAGCAUAUCGGCACAGUCAUUGGAAGCACCCCCGAGGGCUUCCACGUUCACCGCAACUUGAAGCGCAUUCUCGCCAACCGAACCAAGUCGGUUGUUGAGGGCAAGAACAUCGACUUCCCUACUGCCGAGGCUCUGGCCUUUGGUUCUCUCGUUACUGAGGGCUACCACGUCCGUGUCUCCGGUCAGGAUGUCGAGCGUGGUACCUUCUCUCAGCGACACGCUGUCUUCCACGACCAAGAGACCGAGGAUACCUACACUCCCCUUCAGCACCUGAGCCAGGACCAGGGCAAGUUCGUCAUCUCUAACUCUUCCCUCAGUGAGUUUGGUGCUUUGGGCUUUGAGUAUGGUUACUCGCUCUCCUCGCCCCACGCCCUUGUCAUGUGGGAGGCACAGUUCGGUGACUUUGCCAACAACGCUCAAUGUAUCAUCGACCAGUUUAUCGCCUCUGGCGAGGUCAAGUGGAUGCAGCGAACCGGUCUUGUCAUGUCUCUACCCCACGGUUACGAUGGCCAGGGACCCGAACACUCUUCUGGGCGUCUGGAGCGAUACCUUCAGCUCAGCAACGAGGAUCCCCGUGAUUUCCCCACUGGUGAGAAGCUUGUCCGUCAACACCAGGACUGCAACAUGCAGAUCGCCUACAUGACCUCUCCUGCCAACUUGUUCCAUAUUCUCCGCCGCCAGCUGCACCGCCAGUACCGCAAGCCCCUCGUCAUCUUCUUUUCCAAGUCCCUUCUCCGUCACCCUCUGGCUCGUAGUAACAUUGAGGAGUUCACUGGUGAGAAUGCUGGCUUCCAGUGGAUUAUCCCGGAUCCUGAGCAUGAGACUGGUGCCAUCAAGGCUCCCGAGGAGAUUGAGCGCGUUAUUCUCUGCAGCGGUCAGGUCUGGGCUGCCCUUCACAAGCACCGUUCCGAGAACAACUUGGAUAACGUCGCCAUCACUCGUAUUGAGCAGCUUAACCCCUUCCCUUGGCAACAACUCAAGGAGAACCUCGACCAAUACCCCAAUGCCAAGACCAUCGUCUGGUGCCAGGAGGAGCCUCUCAACGCCGGUGCCUGGAGCUUCACUCAGCCCCGUAUCGAGACUCUGCUCAACAACACUGAGCACCACACCCGCAAGCACGUCAUGUACGCUGGCCGAAACCCCAGUGCUUCGGUCGCCACUGGUCUCAAGCAAGUUCACAUGAAGGAGGAGCGUGAACUCCUUGAGAUGGCUUUCACUGUUAAGCAGGACAAGCUCAAGGGCGAGUAAGCGGAUGAAGACUGAAGGAAUAGGUUUAAUGGGGGAUUGCAAUAUGGAUAGUAUGGUAUGGUAAUUGCAUGGCCACUAAUCGUUUGGGAGGGAAGAAUUUUAUAAAAGCCGCUGGAUCUGGGGAGCAAUUGAGCUUCUCAUGUAAACCACUUGUAUCAUACCCUCCUAGACGAAGGACAUUUUUGCCCUAUAUUGGCAUGGGCUUGGGAACGACAUAGCAUGAUUUCUUUUUACGGUUUAAGAGUACAGAGCACCUGACGGUUCGUUUCAUUUUCUUCAUCUGGCGUUGCGCAGACGAUACAUCUAUCCCACCUACUGAUAUUCACAUGUGUUUCAAAGUACAAGUAAGUGAGUAGGUGGGUUUAUUCUUCGAUUGUAUGUAGUAUCUCAACAAGAUGCAAUGCUACCUUGGCGCGUCAAUCUCAACCUCAACCUGCCACGGUCGUACGAUCCCGUCAUCGCCCGUUGUAACUAGCAUCUCCUCUUCCCCGCGCCGCUCCGAGCCGGCAUCGUAUCUCCGGCACCAGGUAAUAUGAUUAACCUCGAAGGGUCCAUGAGCUCCGGUUUGCGAAGUUAGGAGUCUCCAAUUCGUCUGCUGUUGCUUGCCCUCCUCAGUGUUACCCAUGGUUUGGUCUUGGGGGUCGAUUGUCGUGACAUGUUGCUCCGAGUCCUCGGCGUAAAGCGCAACGAUACCGUCACUGCCAGUACUCGCUACGAGCCCUGUCUGGGCACUCCAUGUCACAGAAUAGAUAUCACGGGUGUGCACCUUGGGUAAGACAGAUGUGCAUGCCCACUCUUCUCGUAGAGAUCUCCGCAUCGUAUUGGGGAUUCCACCAAGAGCACCGGCAUCACCUCCCGUUCUAUUCUCCUCCGCCUCAUCGUCCUGCUUCAAUGUCCACACCCUGAUAGUGUUAUCGGCAGAAAAUGUCAAGAGUCGCGGGAAGCGAUCUCCCUCCCGGGGUCGUUGCUCCCAUUGAAGCCCCCAGACAGUGCCCUCGUGACCUUCAAGAACAGCAACACAAACCCAUUCUGCAUCGCCAUCUUCUCGCCAGAUGCGCACUGUAUUGUCAUAACUUGCGCUGGCUAGCACGUCGGCCGAGUAGCUGCGUCGGGCGUUGCGACCAGGGACGUCGGGACACCAAGCGACAGCCUUGACAUCACCCUCGUGUUCGUUAAGCACGGCGAUAGUCUCCCACUCGUCGUCUUCCUCGGAUGCGCCGAUAUCCUCCCAUAUCCAGACUGACUUGUCGCGCGAGCAGGUAGCGAGAUAAGAACCCGAGGGGCUGAAAGCGCAAGACUUGAUUUCCGAGUCGUGGCCCUCGAGCACGAGCGUAAACUCCCACUCCUUGCUGGUAGUAUCGCCAUCAUCGUCGCUAUCAUCAUCGUUUCUCCUCCGCACGCUCUGCGCCGUGACCUCAACCUCGAGCCCCCCCUCGUUCUGUUCUUGGCCCUCCCAGCGCCAUAUUCCAGCUGUAGAGUCAAAGCUGCCAGUGACGAGACAUAGGUUGCCGGGGCGCAGAUGGGGCUUCCAUGCGACAGAGCGGACGGAGCGGGUGUGGCCUCCGGUAAGGACGCUGUGGGCCGAAGCAGUCGAGAGAGAGAACACAGUGACGGCCUUUCCGUGGGCGGUUGCGAUCAGAGGAAGAGUUGGGUGAGGAACCGAGGCCCAGGCGCGUUCGUGAAGGUCAGGUUUGAGGGGCGUGAGGGCAGUGAUGGAGGCCGAAGUCGGCGCCAUGAUGAGCGAAGCCGCGAGGGCAAUUGACGACGGGCGAUGGAGAUUUCAAUGUUUGAGAGUGUUGUUCGGCUGGAUUAGGCUGUCAAGGUAAUGACCAAGAAAGAGUUGAGGUGGUGAAGUUUAAUGGUUCAUUUGAGCAUUUCCCCUCCUUGGGCCAAAAAGUUGACAAUGUGAUUAAUGGAUGAUGGAUUGGGGGGGGGGUUGAGUGAUAAGAUAAGGACGUAGUACCUAAGGUUAACUACCUAAGUUAAUAGCGAGAACCCCUCCGUCAUUAAGGUAGUAGGUUGAGUCAGUGACGUACUGAGCAUGGGUCUGAGUAGACUCAAGUUAGGUACCUACGCUGAUCAAGUCGCAUAAAAGAAGCCGCAUCAAUUUUUACAAAAUGACGGAUAGAUACUUAGAUAGGUACUCAACUUGUUAUGUACAUAAAUAACAGAUUUAAACAACCUUUGAAUGGACCCACAACCAAGCCUCCUUCACAUCACCUCCAGGCCUCAAGUUCUGCUCCCUUGCUCUCUCGAGACCCCCCUUUCUGAACCCUCCUGGAAGGAGAAGCCAUACCAGAGUGAUAGCACCAAGGAGCCCGACUAUUAUAGGCUGUAGAACCUGGACUCCGGUCUUUUGCGCAAUUGCACCAACCGCAAAUGGUCCCACAGCUGCACCGCCUCCUCCGACCGCAGCCGCGAACCCGAUGGCACUGACGUGAUAAUCAGCUGGGAGUAACUUGGUUGCAGCAACCAUGGCAGCAGGGAACAGAGGCCCCAGAAAGAACCCAAGAAGCAUGACGAAGAUGACGGAGGCGACGAAGUUGGGGACAAGCCAGUACAGCAGUUCCAACCCUAUGGAGAGCACAAGAUAGACCAUGAUGGCCGUCUUCUCACCAGUCCUCUCUGUGACGAAGCCCAAAACAACCCGACCCAAUGUCAGCCCGAGCCAGAACAGUGUCACUGUCAGGCCAGCAAGGAAAGGUUUGGCAUGUCGUACUCGAAGCAUGAAAGUGACAAUCCAACCCCCCAAGCUGACCUCAGUCGCAACGUACCCCAGGAGGAAGACGGCCACUAUCCAGGUGAUGGGUUUCUUGAGUGCCAUGCGUGCUGUUGCACGGUCUUUGGCUUCGUCGUAGCGAACUCGCUGUCGAUACACUUGGCCGGUUGCACCCGAGAACGCGGCUGUUCCGACAACAAGCUCAACCACAGCAAGUCCUAUCAUGAUAUAGUAGAAGGUGUACCAGUUCAGUUUCCCCUCAGCUACCAUGGCGGACGCGAUCAGAGGGCCAAUGGUACCACCGAGGCCAUAGGCGCCGUGGAGGAAACCCAGGAGCUCGUUGGCUCUGUGCAUGUUGCCAAUCCAGGCAUUGUAGCCGCUAUCUUGGAUGCCGUUACCGAAGCCACUAAACAGCAUCACACAGGGUAGCGCUGGGAAUGGAGGGUGAAGUGCCACGGGAAUGUAGGCGGCGAGGCGACAGAGAGGCCCAAGAACUGCAACGCCUCGUUGGCCUAGGGUGUAGUGUAUCCAGUUGUUGGUGAGUGCAGCGACUACAUAACCAGCUACGGGUACGAGAAAGAGAGUAGAGACGGUGGUGUAGUUGAUGCCAUAGUAUGUCUCGAUCUAUUCACAUUAGAGAUGAGGAGUAGACGAUUCAGUGGAAGACACGCACAUAUGGCAGCAGAGCCUGUGUGUGGGCAGGUAUAGUAGUUAGUAGACCGAGUCAGUCUGGUAGAGGCAGUAAGUUGACCUACCCCUGGAGAUGCAUCAUUCAUGCCCAUGAUGAGAAAUGAGAAAUUGGUGGCAUAGUAACGAUACGAGUUUAUUCGAGGGCUGUUCCAAUGCUCAAGUUCAUUGAUCGACUCUCCGCUGUCGGGCUGCUGCAUGGCCUCCACAGAGCCCAGCUUCUCUUCUAACUCGUUGUCAUGAUGAUUCUGUUGUUGAGUUUGCGCUAUCUGGCAAGACUUCGAGUUCGAGUUCAUUGAAGGGUCAAUAAUAAGCUUAAACGUUGAUUCUGAUUGGUUUCGUAGUACAGAUAUGUUUGUCGGAAGAGA